UUGUGUGAAAUGUUUUGUUCUUUUUGUUUUUCAUUGCUUUUUCCAAAGAGGCUUUUUCAAUACAAAUAAACUUUGUGUAUCAGAAUAAGAAACGAAAACGUCUUUAGAACAAUCAAAUAACUGUAUUUGCUAACUGCAGUACCAAGUAAUCCAAUCAUAAUGGCUGGAACUAGCCACCCACAGCAUUACAAACAUUCAAUUCCAAUGGACAUAUUAGACGAUUUGUGCAGUCGCUUUAUCAUCAAUUUGCCACAAGAAGAUCGAAGCAAUUUGGUUCGAAUCUGUUUUCAAAUUGAGUUAGCACAUUGGUUCUAUUUAGACUACUACUGCACAGAUGAAUCAAAUAAAUUAAACCCAUGUGGAAUAAGAGAGUUCGCAGCGCACAUCUUUCAGCAUGUUCCAACUCUCCGUGAGCAUGUAAAAAGUCUAGACUCAGUGCUGGACAACUGGAGAGAGUACAAACAGUCGGUGCCCACAUAUGGGGCGAUUAUCCUGGACACAGAUCUGACUCAUGUGCUGCUGGUACAGUCCUACUGGACCAAGGCUUCCUGGGGCUUUCCUAAAGGGAAGGUCAAUGAAAAUGAGGAACCAUGGAAGUGUGCUAUUAGAGAGGUCCUCGAGGAGACCGGUUUCGACAUUAGCAAUUAUAUCAACAAACAGGAUUACAUCGAUGCCACAAUUCACGAGCAACAUGUUCGAUUGUAUAUAAUUGCAAACAUUCCGAGGGAUACAAAGUUCCAGCCUCGAACUAGAAAUGAAAUAAAAGCCUGUGAGUGGUUUUCUAUAGCCGAUCUGCCAGCAAACAGAAAAGAUAUGACUCCUAAGCUGAAAAUGGGGGUCAGUCCGAAUGCAUUUUUUAUGGUACUACCGUUCGUGAAGAGGCUGCGGCGCUGGGUGGCCGAGCACAACCCCAAAGUGUUCAGACGCACCAGACACAAAUCAAUGGGCGACCUGGAGUCGUGUCGCAGUAAGAACAAACCUAUCUCGCAGGGGUUGCAAAACGAAAUACAUGAGUAUCAGCAGUCUUCCGCACACAAAUACAAGUCUCACACAAACUACCAACCUCAAAGCGGUUCAAAAACAAGCAGUAAUAUGAACGCAAGCAACAAGAAAGGGAAGAUGGCGAAGCGGCAGCUAUUCACGCCGCAGAACACUCACACCAACAACUUCUCUCCAGUACAGAAACUGAAAACUCCCGUCAAGGAGGUAGAUGAGAAUGUCACUGUCAAUUUUGUAGCACCAUCUUGGGCUAAUUUCAAAUUCGACAGGCGAGCCAUUUUGGACUGUUUGACUUGAAAUACUUAUCUAUUUAGAUAUAUAGAUCUCUAGCAGGAGCAUCACAUUCUCUGAUUUAUUAUGUCACUUGUGAGAGUUCAUCUCACCAUUGUUUUCUAUGGCGUAUAUUAAACGCGACAGAGGUUA